AUGCCGCCUAAGCAGCGAACCCGCCAGCGCUUUGGACCCGGUCAGGAUUACCUACUGGCCGUGCAGGUGAACACGGACCAGCCGUUCCGCGCGCCAUACGGCGGGCUCAUGGCCGGCUGGGAGAAGAUCGCAACGACCCUCAACGGCAGUAGCGCCUUCAAUAUGCACCACCUCAAGGGUCCCAUCGCCAAGAACCGCUUCGAGCGUCUAGUGGAGCGCCACCGCAUCUGGGUCCAGAAUGGCAGUCACCCAGACGACGCGCCGUCGCAGGACGAAUCUUUCCAGAGUGUCAUGGCCGAGGUGAUACCCAAGCUGGAAGCUGCUGAGAAGGAGCCGCAGGCCCAGACAUUGGGCAAGCGCGGCCGCCCGCGUAAGAUCCGGUCGGAGGACGGUGAGGCUCCUGCCGAAAAGAAGCCGACAUCGGCGUCUGCGCAGGUGAGCAUCGCUCCGUCCCCAUUGAGGGCCCAGCCGCCGUCCACCUCUCUCCUGGUGGAUUCCGAGGAUCAGGUGCUGCCCACUGCCACCAAGGCCACCCGCCAACGGUUCACUCCUGGAGAUGACCUUUUGCUCGUAAAGCUCGUGAAGGAGACGCUGCCAUUUCGUGCCAAGUUCGGCGCCAUCUCGGCGGCAUGGGACGAUGUGGCGACUAAGCUGGACAACAGCCCCGAGUUCUCCAAGGACAAUAUCAAGGGCCCCAUUGUGCGCUACCGCUUUGAAAACCUCGUGUCCAAGUACCGUGAACGCGUCAAACGCAAUAACGGUCGUGUGGUGGGACCGAAGGGUGUCCCUGCAGGUGAACUUGAAGUGCUUCUGACGGAGAUGGUGACGCUACUGGACGGUGGCGACCCUGUCAGCGCUGCGUUGCUUGCGCAGAACGUGGCAAUCGCCACUGGCGCGAACGAUGCAACUUCUCGGGAAGCCCCUCGUGCUGCAACAAGCCAGGAUGAGGAUUCUGCCAGUAGCACGCCAAGCGAGUCGUCAUCACCGACCCCCACGCUGUCCCAGAGCUUCAUCGCCCCUGUGGUUCAAUCAUCGAAGGCGCAAAAAUUGACGGCGAAAAGCGUCGCACCGCUGAGUGGCGUGGACUUAACCAGCAUUGCUGAGCUCAAGACGCUACUCCAGGAAAUGGUGGAGCAACAAGCUCGGGCCACGGAGCAGUUGCUGCUCCUGCAGCGUGAAGAACGCCGCCUGGAGACCGAGCGACGAGAGCAGGCGUUGGAAAGCGAGCGUGAGGAGCUCGAGAAGGACCGCCAAGCGCUAACUUCUGUCGUGGUUUCGGUCAUGAAGACGUUCCUCGAGGAGAACGGGCGCAAGAACUGAGACCAGUUGGUAGUUCAUUUAAGGGUACUGUCGUUUAGCAUUGUCUCUGUAGGGCCAGCGCCUUGCUGACGCUUGUUAAGUCCAUUAAGUUCAUGCGAACGUCUCGGACACUACAUCGCGUUCAACUUUAAAGUUGCA